UGGGCGUGGCCUCGCGGGGGCGGGGCCUCCCCGCCGCCAUGCGCGGUGCCGCGCGCGCCGCCCGGUCCGUGGUCAUGGCUGCGACGGGAACCGGGGCUGGCACCGGCACAGGGACCGGCACCGGCCACAAGCGGCCGCACCCCGAGCCCGCCGCCCGCAUCGGCACCCACGACGGCACCUUCCACUGCGACGAGGCGCUGGCGUGUUUCCUGCUGCGCCUCCUGCCCCGCUACCGGGACGCGGAGAUCGUGCGGACGCGGGACCCGCAGCGCCUGGCCGCCUGUGACGUGGUGGUGGACGUGGGGGGCGAGUACGACCCGGGGCGGCACCGCUACGACCACCACCAGAGGUCCUUCACGGAGUCCAUGCGGAGCCUGCGGCCGGACAAGCCCUGGAGCACGAAGCUGAGCAGCGCCGGGCUCGUCUAUUGUCACUUCGGGUCCCAGAUCCUCGCGGGGCUCCUGGGGCAGCCCGAGGACGGGCCCGUGGUCACAGCGCUCUAUGACAAGCUGUACGAGAACUUCGUGGAGGAGAUCGAUGCCAUGGACAACGGGAUCGCGCCGGCGGCGGGGGAGCCGCGCUACGCCCUGAGCACCACGCUGAGCGCCCGCGUGGGGCACCUGAACCCCCGCUGGAACGAGCCCGACCAGGACACCGAGGCGGGCUUCAGGAGGGCCAUGGAGCUGGUGGGCAGCGAGUUCCUGGAGCGCCUGGACUUCUACCAGCGGGCCUGGCUGCCGGCGCGGGCGCUGGUGGAAGAGGCCGUCCGGCACCGCUUCGAGGUGGACGCCAGCGGGCAGGUGCUGGAGCUGUCGCAGGGUGGCUGUCCCUGGAAGGAGCACCUGUUCCAGCUGGAGCGGGAGCUGGCCCUGCCCCGGCCCCUGCAGCUCGUGCUGUUCCCGGACCGGGGCGGGCAGUGGCGGGUGCAGAGCGUCCCCGCAGCCCCCCACAGCUUCCAGAGCCGGCUCCCCCUGCCCGAGGCCUGGCGGGGGCUGCGGGACGAGGCGCUGUCCGAGCUGGCCGGAAUUCCCGGCUGCGUCUUCGUCCACGCCAGCGGCUUCAUCGGGGGGAACCGGACCCGGGAGGGGGCCUUGGAGAUGGCCCGGAGGACGCUGGAGCUGGGGGGGGGCACAGAGAGCACCUGAGCCCCCUCCCCAGCGGGGUCACCCCGGUGUGGGGCCGCAGGGACGCUGCAGGGACCGUUCCUGCUCGGAUCCCCGGUUCUCCGAGGGAUCCGCUGUGCUGGGGAGGGGGAGCAGCCCCUCCCGGGGGUCUCAGAGCAUCCACCCCCCCGUGCCCGACAGCUGCCAGCCCAGCCAGAGACUUUUUGGCUCCAUUUCCUGGGAGUUUGUCCCCGUUCCUGUCACACCCCUGCACCGAAGCGCUGCCAGCACCAGUAAAAACCAGUGUGU